AUGUCUCAUCUACCAUCAUCUCAUGAAGGAGAUCAUCAUACACAUACAUAUAUUCCAAGACGAGAACGAACACUUUCGCAAUGUGAACGUACAUUACAAAGUCCAAGUUAUGAAGGUGUAAUUGAUGAAUUUUGUCGUGAAAAAGGUUAUGGUCAUAUUCAACCAAAAGAUAAUCCAAAAGAACUUAUUUUUGUUCAUGUAUCUGAUAUUGAUGAUGAUUAUGUUCCAAAAAAAGGUGAUAUUGUAUCAUUUAAAAAAAUGUUAAUGCCACCAAAAAAUGAAAAAGUUAUGGCUGUUCAUAUAAAACUUCUUCAUUUAGCUGAAGGUGUUAAACAUGAAUCAUGGGAAGAAGCUGUUGAACAUGAUAUUGAACAUCGACGACCAUCACGAUCAGAGUCACUUCAACUUACACAUGAAUCAAAUGUUCAUCCUGAUCAUGGAAAUCAAGGUUCAAGUGGUCAACGACGAGGUGAUGGUACAGGAGAUAAAGAAAAAAAAAAAUAUGAACCACCUAUACCAACACGUAUAGGAAAACGAAAAAAACGUACAAAAGGUCCUGAAGCAGCUAAUAAAUUACCACAAGUUUUACCAUAUACACGUUGUCGUUUAAAACAAUUACGAUUUGAACGUAUUAAAGAUUAUUUAUUAUUAGAAGAAGAAUUUAUUAAAAAUCAAGAACGUUUAAAACCACAAGAAGAUCGUCAUGAAGAAGAACGUUCAAAAGUCGAUGAUAUUCGGGGAUCACCAAUGGCUGUUGGUACUUUAGAAGAAAUUAUUGAUGAUAAUCAUGCUAUUGUUUCAACAUCAGUUGGUUCUGAACAUUAUGUUACUAUAAUGUCAUUUGUUGAUAAAGAUCAACUUGAACCUGGAUGUACUGUCUUAUUAAAUCAUAAAGUUCAUGCCGUUAUUGGUGUAUUAGGUGAUGAUGUUGAUCCUAUGGUUGCUGUUAUGAAACUUGAAAAAGCACCAAAAGAAACAUAUGCAGACAUUGGUGGAUUAACAGCACAAAUUCAAGAAAUUAAAGAAGCUGUUGAAUUACCAUUAACUCAUCCUGAAUAUUACGAAGAAAUGGGUAUUAAACCACCGAAAGGUGUUAUCCUUUAUGGUCAACCAGGAACAGGUAAAACUCUUCUUGCCAAAGCUGUUGCCAAUCAAACAUCGGCAACAUUUUUACGUGUUGUUGGUUCAGAAUUAAUUCAAAAAUAUUUGGGUGAUGGUCCAAAACUUGUACGUGAAUUAUUUCGUGUUGCUGAAGAAUAUGCUCCAGCUAUUGUUUUUAUUGAUGAAAUUGAUGCUAUUGGAACAAAACGUUAUGAAUCAAAUUCAGGUGGUGAAAGAGAAAUUCAAAGAACAAUGUUAGAAUUAUUAAAUCAACUUGAUGGUUUUGAUUCUCGUGGAGAUGUUAAAGUUAUUAUGGCAACAAAUCGUAUUGAUAGUCUUGAUCCAGCAUUAAUUCGACCUGGUCGUAUCGAUCGUAAAAUUGAAUUUCCAUUACCAGAUGAAAAAACACGUCGCAUGAUAUUUAAAAUUCAUACUGGUCGUAUGACACUUGCUGAUGAUGUUAAUUUAGAAGAAUUAAUUAUGGCUAAAGAUGAUCUUAGUGGAGCUGAUAUUAAAGCUAUUUGUACUGAAUCUGGUUUAAUGGCAUUACGAGAACGUCGCAUGAAAGUAACAAAUGAAGAUUUUCGAAAAAGUAAAGAAACAGUACUUUAUCGAAAAAAUCAAGGUACACCUGAAGGAUUGUAUUUAUAA